AGAAAAUGGCGAGCGCUCCGCCUCCGUACUACUGGCUGCGCAAAUUGCGAUCCUAUUUUGUAUUGAACGACCGAGACUUAGAUGGUGUGAUAAGCAGAGAGGAUUUUGUAGACUACCCCGUCAACCGAGCGAAAACAUUCCUUGGAGAAACUAAGGCCAAGGACCUCGAGAUCCUGCUAUCGCAAGGAUGGACUGAUUUUAUCGGAGGAGAUAACCAGACUGCUACCUUCGAUGCGAUCAUAGGCAAAUUUGCUCGCACUUUCACCGAUCCCAAUUUCAGCGAGGUAAACACGAAGAUGGCCGAGCUAAUGUUUACCGCCGUUGACAUUAACAACGACAAUAUGGUGACUCUUGAAGAGUACACCAGAGUUCUGGAAUGCUUUGGAGUUCAUCCCCUGUCGGUCAAGCCAUCUUUCGAGGCACUGGACGCCAAUAAGGAUGGUCUGAUCAGCAAAGAAGAAUUCAUCGACGCAGCCCUUCAGUAUUUUCAAUGUACUUGCGAGAGUCCUGGGGCCCUAUUUUGGGGACCACUAAGAGCCUAAUUGGGGACAAUUAAUUUGAAAACAAUACUGGUUUGGUUUGCCGUGAUUUAAUUAAGACAAUGCUUUGCAUGACUAAGGUAUUGUGGAAUACAUUAUCUCACAUAAACAGUGGUGUAAAGAUACUGACGGUAGUUAUAACAGAGACUCAGCCCUCCUUGAAGGUUACCGUAACAUACAACGUGCGCUUUAGUGGGACAAUGUGAUGGACGGCGACUACACGUACCUAUACGAAUCAAUAAGAAGCGGACCCUGUAUCACAGGUGACUGGUGACUCUCUCGAACACACCACCGGUGCAAGAUUUAUCACACGCCAUCGGCACAAGUUUUAUCUCACGUUGGACGUUUAAGAUUUUGAAGUCAGCUCAUAGUCUUAAUUAUCGCCAAUAAUGGCAAUAUGUCAAAUUGGUAGUUUGCUACUGAGAAAGUUGGACUGAUUAAAGUUCUCUCACCAUCGACAUUCAUUCGAUAUUUAAACGUGCGUGCAGGAAUGGUCCAUCACGUUCAGACUGAUAUAUCACAAAUUAAUUGUUUAUCAACAUAAAACUGCAUUUGUAAUCGAAACAGGAAGAGUGUCUACAGUGUGUGUUAAUUACUAUAUUGUAACAGCUAAUCUCGUUUAGUGUCUCAACAGGUAUUUGGGGGUGGGGGGUGUUGAACUCCCAAGACGGAGCACGUUGAGUGUAUUGAAAAUCUCGAUUUUAAUUUGUAUCGAAAGGCUCACCAAAUCGGGGCAUAAGUAAGCUCAGCAUCAUUGCUAUACUUCAUGGGUACAUUUGGGUCGCAGAAAGCCAAUAUAUGUAGUUAUUUGUUUCACAUAUUAUUUUCAGUGUGUCGUGUCCAAAAGAGACAAAAUGCCAGGGUUUUCAAUUUACUCAACGUACUUUAACCCCCGACUUUAACCCAUUUUGAAUACCUCCAUGAGACAAGUAACCGAUUUACAUCAGGUUCGGUCUGGUUAGUGCACAUUUAAUUUGGUAGGUAGACAUAAGAUUCUGACACUUUGGAGAAAAUGGCGAGCGCUCCCCCUCCUUACUGCUGGUCAGGGGCGUAACCAGACCUUUAAAAAUUGUAUGCACAGAUUUUCAAA